AGCGAAAGAUAGUAGGGAAAUGAAAGUGGAGUUUUUUGGUACUACAUACAUAUCCUAUAUUCGCUCUAAUCAAUAAUACGUUAGAAACUGUUGAUAUACGAAUGUUAGCAUUAAGCAAUUGUUCUUUCUGAUCUUUCACACUUUUAGUAAAUUUGAAUUUCUUAUUGCACGAGAUAGCGAUGCAGAGUGUCAUUAAUUCUGUAAAAGGUACUGCGCUUGGUGUUGCCGAAUACUUAACCCCUGUGUUAAAGGAAAGUAAAUUUCGUGAAACUGGAGUAUUAACACCAGAGGAGUUUGUAGCAGCUGGUGAUCAUUUAGUACAUCACUGUCCAACAUGGCAAUGGGCUACUGGUGAUGAAGAUAGAAUAAAAUCUUAUCUUCCUAAAACAAAACAGUUUUUGCUAACACGUAAUGUUCCUUGUACUCGCAGAUGUAAACAGAUUGAAUACAGCAAAGAACAAGAGUGUAUUAUAGAAGAAGAUGAUCCAGAAGGUGGUUGGGUCGAUACACAUCAUUAUGAUUCAAGUCUUGGUGGAAUUGAAGAAAGAGUAACUGAAAUGACAUUAGAUGAAACACAACUUUGCCAAUCAAUUGGUGCGGAGGAAAAUAAUGACAAUAUUGAUGGUGACGAUGGUGAUGACGAUGAUGACGAUGAUGAAGAUGCUGCAGAUAUGGAAGCUUUUGAAGUCAGUGGAAUGUUAGAUGAACAAGAUAAGUAUGCAGCAAAAACUACAAAGAAACCAGCCAAAGAAAAAUGGGAACCAUUUUCUGAAGGAGAAAUUAUUCAUACACGUACAUACGAUUUAUAUAUUACAUAUGAUAAAUAUUAUCAAACUCCUCGGUUAUGGCUGUCGGGAUAUGAUGAGAAUCGUAAGCCUUUGAAAGUAGAAGAAAUGUAUGAGGAUGUUAGUCAGGAUCAUGCUAAAAAGACUGUUACAAUGGAGGUACAUCCUCAUAUUCCUGGACCAUUAAUGGCUUCAGUUCACCCUUGCAGUAUAUGUGUUAUGCGACAACGACGAGCCACGAGCUUGGAUUGUAUCACAAAUAGGAAGGAUUCAAUGUGCUCGUUUUUUAUACACUCACCAAAAACCGACAGCUUUUGCGAAUAUCUCCAGAAUUAGAUUCGACCGCAUUUUAUAUACAGGAUAUAUACAGAAUUAAAUAACAUGACAAAUUAAAUAAUAACAGAAUUAAAUAACAUAAUAAUAACUUAAUAAAUUAAAUCGAACAUUUAAAUUAUUUCGGCUGCUAUUAAUAGGGGUGUGAGGGUAUCCGACAUUUCGAGUUCGGAUCGGGUCUCGAAAGUUUGUGAUACUCG